AAGAUACAAAUAAGUAAAUACUGGGUUUGCACCUAGCCCUGCCUCCGGGCCAUACUUGACAACUUACCAAUCGCAAGAAUCUCACACAAUGAGUUAUCCGUGGUUCAGAAUGACAUUACUAGGAGGCGGUCUGAUGGGUCUUGGUUACCUUUUGAUGAGCGCGACCGUACCUACACCUGAACAGACAUAUGCCGCGAUGUCACCUGAUUUGCGGCGAAAGGUCGACGCAAACCGAGCAGCCAGACUCGUCCAAGAGCAAACCAUAAAACGUCAAAUAGAUGCACAGAGCAAUCCAGAUGCAGGAAAACCUAUUUGGGCCGACCAACAGAAUCAGCAGUAGCUUUGGUUUUUCCUCGGCAUCUCUACUCGUCGGAGCUCUCUCUUUCUUGUGCCACGUACUCAUUCACUGCAUCAUUUGUAAUGUCGGUACCGCUUGACGGCUUCUUUGGUUGUUCUCCAGACCCCGCCGUGAGACGACAUGUACUGGACAAGGGAAGAUGCCGGCAAGAUACAGGUUAGAAUUGUACCGUGGACUUGUGACCAGUCCGUCUAUGAGGCAAACACGAGUCUAAUUGCACCCGCCCA